AUGGCAGCCGUGGUCUGCUUUAUCCUUGCCUUCCAGUGGGGAGGAAUUACCAAGCCGUGGUCCGACGGCUCCGUGGUGGGAACCAUUGUUGGAUUUGUUGUGAUUGCAACGGCUUUCGUUGGAAACGAGAUUUACAUGAAGGAGCGGGCGGUCAUUGAUCCCCAUUUCAUGAAAGUCCGACGCCUUUGGGCCAACUGUGCGUAUGUAUUCUUCAUAUCGGGAGGCUUCAUUGUGCUCAUCUACUACAUAUCGAUCUACUUCCAGUCGGUCAAGGGACUAUCUCCGAUCCAGUCUGGAGUCCGAAGUCUACCACUCAGCAUCGGAUGCUUCCUUACGAUCGUGGCUGGAUUCCUUGUCACCACCCAUGGCCGCAUCUGGGCACCUUUGAUGGCUUUUGGAUCCGCCGUUGCAACUGUCGGCGGUGGCCUCAUCUACACCCUGGACGUUGACACUUCGGGAGCCAAGUAUAUUGGCUAUCAAGUGAUUGUUAGCGCUGGAUUUGGCCUCGCAAUCCAAAUCCCCCUCAUGRCCAAUCAGGCCUUUGUGGCGCCAAGAGAUGUCUCCACUGUCUCUGCCAUUACCAUGUUCUUCCAGAUCAUCGGAGGUUCCUUCUCCGUGGCCUGCGCUCAAGCAGCAGCUUUUGUCACGACUUUGGUGCGUAGGAUAGCUGUUCUCGCCCCUGAAGUGGAUCCCGAGAUGCUCUUGAAUCUAGGCGCUGCGCAGUUGCAUGACAAGUUUACGGGAUCCGACUACGACGCUGUGCUUCGGGCAUAUAUGGACGGUCUCCAGAUCGCGUUUGCUGUUGCCAGCGCUCUGUUGGAAAUCGGAUUCCUCCUGGCACUCAUUCCCAAGUGGGACUCUUUGCGGCCCAGGGAGGGAACGAGUGCUCUCAAUCACGAAGGGAAGAGUGCCACUGAUUAG